AUGGCCUCGCCGCAGUCAAUUGCGAGGCUAGUUGCCUCUCGCCGGCAUUUCGUCGCUGUGCCCUCGACUACUCUCCGAGCUGUCGCCGCCGCAAACUUCUCGUCUUCUGCAUACCGCGCAGCCACGCCCUCUGGUCCUCCUCCCUCGGGCUUCAGACUUCCACCUCCCAAGCGGUGGGAUCAGGGUGAAGAGUCGUCUUUGGACAAGGCGAGCAAGUACUUCCUCAUGGCAGAGUUGUUCCGCGGCAUGUACGUCGUGUUGGAGCAAUUCUUCCGACCACCUUACACCAUUUUCUACCCCUUCGAAAAAGGUCCCAUCUCCCCCCGAUUCCGCGGUGAACACGCUCUACGUCGCUACCCCUCUGGCGAAGAGCGCUGCAUCGCCUGUAAACUCUGCGAAGCCAUCUGCCCAGCUCAAGCCAUCACAAUCGAGGCCGAGGAACGUGAAGAUGGUAGUCGACGAACAACCAGAUAUGAUAUCGAUAUGACCAAGUGUAUCUACUGCGGUUACUGCCAGGAGAGUUGUCCAGUGGAUGCCAUUGUUGAAUCACCCAAUGCCGAAUACGCCACAGAGACUCGAGAGGAAUUGCUGUAUAACAAGGAGAAGUUGCUCGCUAAUGGAGACAAAUGGGAACCUGAGUUGGCUGCUGUCAUUCGCGCUGAUGCUCCCUACCGAUAGAGGAUGGAUUGUGGCUAGCUCACCAUCUCAUCGUUGAUCUCUGAUCGUCGAAAUUAAUGUACAUAUCAAAUGACUAAGAUUUUUCAUCUGACACUCGAGGAAAGGAGAGCUCACUGUUGGGCUUUGGGUGUGAUCUGCUAUUCUACUUGCCGUUUCUUUUGUUGAAUUAGAGGACGAUCCGUUUUCUUGUCUGUUCUAUUAGUGUUGAGCUGCUCAUCGAAAAGAAUUUAGCAAUCUGCCCUCGA